CCUUUCUCUGUUCUCUGCCACUAUAAAUAUAGUUACCUUCUCCAUUAUCCAAUACUCAAAUCUUCUCUUAUCCUAGGUUAGUGAAAGAUAUGGCGUCCAAACCUGGAUUACUGACUAAUUGGCCAUGGAAGCCUCUUGGGAAUUUCAAGUGGGUGAUUUUGACACCAUGGAUAGCACACAGCACUUACUCUUUCAUAGUGAAUGAUCCUAAGGACAAGGACCUUGGUUACUUCCUCAUCUUCCCAUAUAUGAUGCUGAGGAUGCUUCAUGACCAAAUUUGGAUCACUCUUUCUCGCCAUCGAACUGCUAAAGGAAAAAGCAGAAUCGUUGAUAAGACCAUUGAGUUCGAACAAGUUGAUCGUGAAAGCAAUUGGGAUGACCAGAUCUUGUUCAAUGGGAUAUUGUUUUAUAUAGGUCAGAUGUUAAUUCCAGAGGCCACUCAAUUGCCCUUGUGGAGAACAAAUGGUGUGAUUAUCACUGCUCUUUUACAUAUUGGACCAGUGGAGUUUCUUUAUUAUUGGUUACACAGAGCACUUCAUCAUCACUUCCUCUACUCUCGAUAUCAUUCUCACCAUCAUUCUUCCAUUGUCACAGAACCCAUUACUUCUGUGAUCCAUCCAUUUGCAGAACACAUAGCCUACUUUGUGCUAUUUGCAAUUCCACUGUAUACAACUGUGAUUACCAGAACAGCUUCUAUAGCAUCCUAUGCUGGUUAUCUUGCAUACAUUGAUUUCAUGAACAAUUUGGGUCAUUGCAAUUUUGAGUGUGUUCCAAAGGCUAUCUUCUCCAUCUUCCCCUUCCUAAAGUAUCUCAUGUAUACUCCAUCGUUCCAUUCCCUGCAUCAUACCCAAUUUCGGACAAAUUACUCACUCUUCAUGCCCAUUUAUGAUUACAUUUAUGGUACUAUGGACAAAACUACAGACACCACAUAUAAUAUAUCAUUGAAAAGAGAAGAAACUUCACCAGAUGUGGUACAUCUAACACACCUUACAACCCCAGAGUCUAUCUAUCAUCUAAGGUUGGGGUUUGCUUCCUUGGCCUCCAAACCCCAAUCUUCUGAAUGGUACCUCUAUUUGAUGUGGCCUUUCACUCUUUGGUCUGUUCUUGUGACUUGGUUUUAUGGCCAAACGUUUGUCUUAGAGAGGAAUGCUUUCAAAACACUCAAUUUGCAAUCAUGGGUUAUACCAAGGUUCCAUGUACAAUAUCUUUUCAAAUGGCAAAGGGAAACAUUGAACAAACUUAUAGAAGAAGCAAUACUUCAGGCUGAGUUGAGCAAAGUUAAGGUUUUAAGUCUAGGUCUUUCAAAUCAGGGAGAUUCACUCAAUAAAUAUGGUGAACUUUACUUGAAAAGAUACCCCGAACUUAAAAUAAAGAUCGUGGACGGCAGUAGCUUAGUUGUGGCCAUUGUUCUUAACAAUAUUCCCAAAGAAGCAAGCCAAGUGCUUCUUUGUGGCAAACCUAAUAAGAUUUCAUAUGCCAUUGUGAGUGCUUUAUGUGAAAGGGGUACAAAGGUUACAACUAUGUAUAAGGAUCAAUAUGACAAUCUUCAAUUAAGGCUCUCCACUAAGUCCAAAAAGAAUUUGGUUUUCCCAGGAUCCUAUACUGCAAAGAUAUGGCUAGUGGGAGACCAAUGUAACGAGGCUGAACAAAAGAAAGCACCAAAAGGAUCACUGUUCAUACCCAUUUCCCAAUUCCCUCCAAAGAAACUUCGCAAAGACUGCUUCUACCACAGCACACCAGCAAUGAUAGCUCCCCCUUCUUUAAUGAAUGUGGACUCUUGUGAGAACUGGCUUCCAAGAAGAGUGAUGAGUGCAUGGAGAGUCGCUGGAAUAUUGCAUGCCUUAGAAGGUUGGAACGUUAAUGAGUGCGGAAAUGUCAUGUUUAGCGUUGAGAAAAUAUGGCAAGCAAGUCUUCAGCAUGGGUUUAGGCCACUCAAGAUUAAUCCCCUUUCUUCAAUUCUAAAUUAAUUAGCAUUAUAUAAUUCUAUAUCAGUGUGUGUUUAUAUAUACAUAUGUCAACGGUUGAUCAACUACCUUAUGAUAUUUCCAAAUGAAAUAUGAAUUCUAUCAAACUAUAUAGCUUAUGUAACAUUAUGACAUACCAUAUAGCUUAUGUAAUAUUAUAGCAUACCUCUACAUUGUGUCUCAUGGUACAUGUUGUGUAAUAGAAAGUAUGUUUAAAUGGUGUAGAAAUGGUCCUUUCGAAAA